GUGUUUUUUUUCGCGAAGCGGAAAUUGACGCCCGCACUUUGACGCGAGUGGGCGAGUCACAUCGGAGUUGGCACAAAAGCGCGUUCGUCUUCACGUUUACCCCAGCGACCGCAUGUGUCCAAGAUCCGCGACGUUACAACACUAAUUACAUCUCACAGCGCAGCGUAGAAUAAAGAUUUAAGACGAGCCUCAGGCGAAGUGCAACGCUUUGUACCCGAGAGAACGCCAGGCCGCAACACACUCCGCGCCUUCUAUCGUAGUAAACAGCAGCAGAUACAACGAAGUGGAUCUUCACGGACGGACAACCUGAGCGCACUCAGAACAAAGUCAUGCCGCUGGCCACUUUCUUCGGAUGUACCUUCAUCGCUUUUGGGCCGGCGUUUGCGCUAUUCAUCCUCACGGUGGCAAGAGAUCCUCUUAGGGUCAUCAUCCUCAUUGCAGGGGCCUUCUUCUGGCUAGUCUCUCUGCUCUUAUCGUCGCUGGUGUGGUUCAUCGCCACGAAGGCAAGCGAUCGAAAGAAUGAGGAGCUGCAGCAUGGCCUGCUCAUCUUCGGCGUGCUGCUCUCCGUGCUCUUCCAGGAGGUCUUCCGAUAUGGUUACUACCGCCUCCUGCGGAAAGCUCAGGAUGGCUUGGUCACAUUCAGCCAAGACAAUAGGCCUCCCAUCAGCAUGCAAGAGAUGGCGUAUGUGGCCGGCUUGGGAUUUGGAAUAAUCAGUGGGGCUUUCUCGGUCGUGAACAUCCUGGCGCAGUCGAUCGGGCCUGGAACUGUCGGGAUUCGCCAAGACUCUGAGUACUUCUUCCUCACUUCGGCAUUCCUGACGUUGGCAGUGAUUCUUCUGCACAUGUGCUGGGGUGUCGUGUUCUUCGACGGUUGCCAACAGAGCCGCGUUUGGGCCGUGCUUUUAGUCAUUGCCUUGCAUUUCCUCGUCUCGUCUAUGACAUUCCUGAAUCCCGUGUACGCGGGAAGCCUGGUGCCUACGUACGUGGUGCUGGUCGGAAUGCUGCUGUGGGCAUUCGUCGUAGCUGGGGGCACCCCGGAGAGCCUGCACCGCGCCCUCACCUGCAGCAAGGAAGCUGACUGAUCCAGACAUGGAAAGUACGGGAAGAUGGAGCCCAGGAUGGUGACUGCUAUGUGCCGCUUUCAAAGAUGGAAUGCUCACAAGAAACAGGGUUGAACGUAGGAAAAUGUACUAAAUAUAUUCUGGACACUUGGUUUUGUAUAAAGAGACAACAAAGUAAACGCAUAUUUUGCAAUGGUCUUUUUGCAGUGUAAAUGUUUCCAAAUGGCUUCUGUCCAGAGACAGCGUUACUGCUCAGAUGUCUAAUCGAGCAGCAAUAAAGCACAACACGGUUUUGGUAAUGGCAAUGAUAGUGAAACUAUUUUAUGAAAAUAAAUGAAAGAUAUUUGUAUUGCUAUUGCAGAUUGUAUUCUGACAUUUGCAAGUUAUGUAACGAAAAAUAUAUAUUUCCAACAAAAGCAACAAUUUAAAAUACUUUUUUUAACCAGGUUUUUUUUUGUAUUUAUGUUUUUUCUGAGGCUUAAAUUCUUGCCACCUCGGUUCUCCAUGAACCAUGCUUGCCAAUUUGUAAACUAAUUUUAUUUCUUAAAUCCCUCAUUUGAAAUACAUUUUUAGUUGUCAUUAUAAUAAUGAUAAAGAGGAUUAAUUUGUCUACUGGUUUUGAAAUAAAACAAUGCGAUUCAUCUGUUUUUAUAUUGUACAGAAGUUACUAUGAGCGAUGUGCUUUAUCUGUAACGCAGGUUUCGCUUACCAGCAGUGGCAGCAUUUUUUCUAUUGGACAGGGAAAUAGUGUGGGGCAGUAACAUAGAUUCAAGGCUGUGUUGGCAUUCACUGUAUUUCAUUCAUUGUUAACUUUGUCGUGAUCACUGUAUUAUAUUGUUUCAUUUUUUUGCAUCUCUUAAAUACUUUAUACACAGGAAUAGCCCAAGAUCUAAAAACGAGUGAUGUGUUUUGAUAACAAAUGGUGUUAAUUUUCCACACGUUGAAAGCAUUGUACAACACCGCAUUGUAUAAUAUUGCAUGAAAUGUAUUGCAGGAUCAUUUAACUUUUUUUUAUAUUGGACCACAGGUGUUGCAGGUGUUUAACUGCCUUGCGUAACACUUGAUGUAUUUCUGCAAAUAAAGUGGUUGAGUAUUGCAUCGGGACCUCGUAGCAAGAUACAUAUCAAGGUGUGCAUCGUGCACAGAACAGUGCAAACACCUGUUCGAUGCUGUAUAUACUUUUUGUCGUUAUUAAUUUUCGUCUCAGGACCAUUUUCAGGAAAUUACUGCUCUGCGUGCAACGACCUUCCUGUUUACAGUUCGAAACGCUGGCGAUGUUCCCCAUAGUUGUACCGGUGAACUCGAACAAAAAAACAUUGACCGUGCACAAAAGUUUGAAACAAAAAACAACCCCAAAGGGACAACAUUUAUUUAAUGAGCAGUGUUUUUUGCCGAUGCCGUCUGCAGUCCGAUAAUUGUGUGUUCAUGCUGAAUACUGCAGUAAAAAAAAAAUCUAAAGGUACGAUGCAUUGCCAUUCACGUGCUUGGGGAAUUCUGCUUGACUGCUUGUGGGGCCCUUGGUGCUUUCCCUUCGCACUUGGAUGUCAACACUGCAAGUUACAAUUCUGGUUCACCUGCCACGUGGUGAAGGAUUUAAUCACGGCGCGAAACUCGCUCUCGUGAGCUUUUCUGCCGGAGGACUUUGCCAAAUAAUCUUGUUAUAAAGAUUUUUUGAAGUGAAUGGUUCAAGAACAAACAUUACCUGGUUAACACAUUCCUUUUCUGUUAUGCUUUCACAUUGUAAAAAAAAAUGCUCAAUGAAAUAACUCGCAAACGUUUUUCUACAUUUGUGCACAACUGCCUUAUGUAAGCUUUUUGUUAAAUAAAGUAAAAGCAAUUGUG